UUCGAUUUGAAAUCGUUCCUUCAAAUGAUUCAACUUUCAAUUGUUUUUCGACAAAAAUGUGCCAGUUGUUGGUGAAAAUUGUUGAUUUUUUGCGUUGAAUUAAAUAACUGACCAUGACGGAGGAGCAGCCUCCACUGAUGCUCUGUCUAGAGAAUGCUGCCGGUGAGGAGGUGUCGCUCAACAUUGAGCCAAAUGAUGACUUUCACUCCUUCCUGAUAAAGGCAAAUGCACUACUUGGAUACGAAGUAGACCUAAAUUCAUUAACCAGAAACAAGCCAGUGGCCUUAACAGACAACAUUUACCAAUUCCUGCUAAAUUCUGAAAACGGCCUCCUUGAGUACCCUAUGCCACAAACAUUUGAUCAAAUGUUAGAACCAAAUGAUACUACAGAUGGCUUAGUGUAUGUCCUAGGCGAUGGAACACAAAUCAAAGCUUCACAGAUUCAUUUUGACAAUGAGGAUCCACUUUUUGAUUUUGUAGCAGAAAAAAUACCAUUUGUCAAAUACGUUGAUGAUUAUAUAGAUGAGGUUGAACCAUUAAAAGAAAUUAGCACGAAAAUGAUCAACAUAGUCGCUAGCCCUGUCUCUAAAUGGCCUAGUACUUCAAGCCCAAAGAAACCUUUCAUUAACAGCAUUCCUUUUAAACUGGUUAACAAUAAUGCUUCAGGUUUUGCAGCUCAAUUCCAUAAAUUCGUAGAAUCUAGUAUUGAUAAAACUUUUACGCCGCUUAAUCCAGUUACAACUAGAAAUAAGUCUCCGAGAAGUCUUAUUAGAGACAACUAUAAUAAAUAUGAGGACAAUAUUUAUAAUAAAAAUGAUUUCAUAACACGAGAUGAAGUUUUAAAUAUGUUUAAAGAUACUCCGGUAGUACCUUAUGAGAGCCAAAACUUCAGUGAUAAAAGGAGACGCAAAACUGACCCUUCACGCCCUAUUAAUAAGACUGCGAAUGCUAAAACAAUGCCGUACAUAGAUGUUGAUGGUACUUUAAUAGGUCAAAAUGAGAGCCAAAACUGUUUCAUUUGUGAGAAAUUUGUCAAUAACAAUAUGGAUAAGCUUUAUUUAUUUGACAAUGAAGAUCAGAAACUACACAGAUCAUCUCCGCAAAAGAAAUUAUCCACUCAAUUGAAAAUUAUCUGUGAACAAUGCUUAGACAAUAAUUUUAAACCAUCUAGAUUAAAAAGCCCCAGCAAAAAUCUAAAUCCAGACGAAUAUUUGGUCAUUAGGAACAAUCAGCAGUAUAUAUUUCAGAAAACGAAUUCUAUAGAUUUUAAAAAUAUAAAAAGCAGUUUCGUAAACAUUGGUGAAGCAACAGCUAUAAUAGACAAGAUAGAAACAGAAAUCUUUAAAGGAAAUCAAGUGAAUCAAACUGAUUUUGUUAAAGUUGAAAUCGAUUCAAAUGGAGAAAUUAUAUCGAAAGAUGAUGCGGUAGAAUCAAAUUCGGAAUUAUAUAUUAUUAAAGAUAGAAGCUCUAGUGAUGUUGAAAUAAUCGAGGGACCGGAAAUAGACGAUGUCUUAGACAAUUUAGAGGAAGCAGAUGAGGAAGUAAAGGAGUUUUUAGGGAUGUAUCAGAGUGACAUUAAUGAUACUAGUGAACUAAAAUGCAGGUUUUGCGAGCGCGUCUUUGCAGAGUUAGCCGAGUUGAUGGAACAUGGUGACGUUCACAAACACGUGACGGAAGAUGGCGAGGUGUACCCGUGCCCUUUGUGUUUUUACGGAUACGCCAAUUUUAAAUGGCUCAAAGGCCAUCUUAAAGCAGCCCACGAUAAACCUAAGAAGCCUCCAGCAGAAAGCAAUAACGACGAUGCAAAGGAUGAAUUAGAAUCGCAAACACCGUCUGAGCAGUCUCCAGUGGCCAAAAGAACUAGAAGUAACGAUAAGAAAAAUAACGAGGCUGAUAAAGAUGAGACAGCAAAGUCAGAGAAAGAACCUGCAAAAUCAGUGGAACCUGAAAAUGAUAACCAGGAAUGCAAAAUGGAAAUUAAGUUAGAAAUAAAGCAAGAAGCAUUAGAUACAAGCGACGAAGAAGCGAUAUGGAUCGUGCAUACUGACGAUACGCCGGCCGACCAGCUACACUCGCUUCUGCAUGGUGAUGAAAAAAGCGAGGAUGCAGUGUUCAAGAAACCGCAGAAAUGUGCCAAAUGCAGUCAAAUUAUGGUGGAUAUGUCUACACAUAAAUGCAAAAGGCGAACCCGGAAACGGAAAUGCUCGGGCAAGGACGAAAAUUUCACUUUGUCCUCUCAGAAGGACACUGUAAAGAGACCACAAGGUAGACCGAAACAAACUACGGACUUUGGUGACAAUGAUUUACUGGUACCGAGGCCUCGUAAGAAGAAAGCCACAGAACCGACCUCAGAUCCUCAGAUCAUGACGUGUCAUAAUUGUAACGAGUCCUACACAUCCAAAGUACGAUUGAAGUUUCACAUGCAAUUCCACGACAACACAGAGAUGCUGAACGCCAACGGGCAGUACAGUUGUCUCGAGUGCCCCGGAGUCACUUUCAUGACAGAGACAGAGCUAUUUGACCAUGUACACUUUCAACAUGACAAGCAGAAUCGCUAUCAAUGUCCUGUCAAGGAUUGUGGGAAGACAUUCUUUCUCAGAGCGUCUCUGACGAAACAUAGCCGCACGCACACAGACACACGCCGCUACGUUUGCGGCACUUGCGGCAAGAGAUUCCUGGACAAACAGACUUUGGAUGAACAUGGAGUCACACAUUUGCAGAUCAAACCAUACCAAUGCCAUAUUUGCAUGAAGCAACUCACUCGCCGCUCUCGCUUGCGCAUGCACAUGCGCGCGCACGAGGAGUCUCUCUGUCCCGCUCUAGUGCCCGUCUGCGCCGCCUGCCGCCGCGCCUUCCAAAACGUUCCCGCCGCUGUGGAGCAUGUGAAGAAGUCACCAGAGUGUCUCGGGACAUACGGUUGCGAUUUGAACGAAGAUGAGAAACCUGCCGCCGUGUUAUCACCCACAAGUGGGCUAGUUCGACCCACACAGGAAGAACCACCGGGUCAACAGUUUUGCAUAGAACGCGAAGCCCAAUGCGCCGGCGCCGCCGCGCUUUUGGCGCCACUUCCGACGUCCUUGCGCGCCGUCGUUCGUGCAGUCAAAGUAGAUAAGGCCUUCCGCUGCGAGUUUUGCGAGGACGUGUUUUACUUGGAGGAGGAUUUGAACAACCACCGAACUAUCCAUAAAGGGGUGAAGAACCCUUUCACUUGCCACAUCUGCAAAGUCAGCUUCGCUACUUAUUCUAGAUGUACAACACACAAAACUACCCACGGCUUUUACAAGCGCCCCUUAGCUGAUGUGAAGAACGAGGGGCCAAGCCGAGCAAAUUCCGGUCCGUCUGCGCGCGGCGUGUUAGGCUACGGAGGGUUUCCUGUCGUGAAACAUUUCCUGUGUGAGGACUGUGGACGAUCAUAUCUACACUGGACGUACUUGCAAGUGCAUCGAAGAAUGAAACACGCGAACGAGAAUUUCAUCUACAAGUGCAUACAUUGCGAGGAGACCUUCCCUAACAGUUGGAGCGUGGCCUACCACAGAAAAAAGGUGCACGGCAAACCGGCAGAAAAGGGGAACGGAGCCACGAAAACUGUCCACACCGACUAUAGAAUCCCAUGCCGAGACUGCGACGAAGUUUUGCCAAACAAAACUGCGCUCUAUAAACAUAGGAAGAAGGAGCACAGUUACGUGUCAUUACCAAUUAAUGAUAAUCAAGGUAUACAAAUAGAGAGAGAGAGAGAGAGAGAGAUGUGUUAUAAUGGAUGUAUUUCAGGUGUGAGUGGGCAGGCGCACGCAGACGGCGCGCGAGCAGCCUGCACGCACUGCGGUCUCAGCUUUCCCGCCAACCUGCUGUCACACCAUCUCAAAGAGGUCCAUGGGCAAGAUACGCAGUAUCCGGCCACACGAUCACACACCUGCACCGUCUGUGGACACGCCUUCCGCACGGCAUCCAUGCUUACUGAGCACUCCAGGAUCCACACCGGUGAACGGCCGUUUCCGUGCGACGUGUGUGGGGUAGCUUUUAGAAGAGCAACGGCGAUGCGUAACCACCGUUUGAUCCACACGGGCGUCCGAGCGUGGGGCUGCGCGCGCUGCCCGAAGCGUUUCCGGAUCCGCUCCGACCUCAACACGCACUCGAGACUCAAGCACCCGCUACAUCUAGCUGUCAUAGAGGUGUCGGGCCUGGAUCCCAGCUCGGAGCAGGUGAUGGACGCGCUCGCCUUGAACAAUAUCGCCCGGGAGAGUGUUCUUGAAAUCACUAAGGUUUCCUUCCCCAAGGGCGCGCGGCACGUGGUGCCGGACAGCGCGCGCGCGCUCGCGCUGCUGGACGCGGCGCGCCGGCCCGUGCGCUGGACGAGACCUGCGCGUGCGCACGCGCCUGCACCUGCGCCUGCGCCUGCGCCUGCGCCUGCGCCUGCGCCGGACAACCACCACACCAACUACGCUGCUGCGGAAAUGCCGUACAUGCCGUACGCACGGCGCGGUCGCGGCAUCGCCAGGAGCACCCGCUAUGACGGAGCACCGUCACAAGUACAGGACCUGACAGGUUUGAACGUGGAGAUGCUUCUCCAAGACAACCUGCUCGAGCAAUCUUCACUCGGUCCUCAACAAAUGCUCGACCCCAUGCUCCUGUUUAAUACUCCGCCACAGCAGAUGCAGACUGACGUCAUCGUCAACCAUUAA